UUGGGAAACCAGAGGACGCCACAGAGAGCUUCUUGGCAAGAGGGCCCACGGACGAGGCUGCCUGACCCGUGCACCCCGAAAUGGCUCGGAGGCAGGACGAAACGCGGGUGGGCGCGCCCCUGCAGGCGGAAGGCCGGCCGGACGCGGAGGUCAAGCUCAUUCUGUACCACUGGACCCACUCCUUCAGCUCUCAAAAGGUGCGCUUGGUAAUUGCUGAAAAGGCACUGAAGUGCGAGGAACACGAUGUAAGUCUGCCCCUGAGUGAACACAAUGAGCCUUGGUUUAUGCGUUUGAACUCAACUGGAGAAGUGCCUGUCCUUAUCCACGGGGAAAACAUAAUUUGUGAGGCCACUCAGAUCAUUGAUUAUCUUGAACAGACUUUCCUGGAUGAAAGAACACCCAGGUUAAUGCCUGAUAAAGGAAGCAUGUAUUACCCACGGGUGCAGCAUUACCGAGAACUUCUUGACUCCUUGCCGAUGGAUGCUUACACACAUGGCUGCAUUUUACAUCCUGAACUCACUGUGGAUUCUAUGAUCCCAGCUUAUGCAACCACAAGGAUUCGCAGCCAGAUUGGUAACACAGAGUCUGAACUGAAGAAACUUGCUGAAGAAAACCCUGACUUACAAGAGGCAUACAUUGCCAAACAGAAGCGACUUAAGUCGAAGCUGCUUGAUCAUGACAAUGUCAAGUACUUGAAGAAAAUUCUUGAUGAGUUGGAGAAGGUCUUGGACCAGGUGGAAACUGAGUUACAAAGGAGAAAUGAAGAAACUCCGGAAGAGGGUCAGCAGCCUUGGCUCUGUGGAGAAUCCUUUACCCUGGCAGAUGUCUCGCUGGCUGUCACACUGCAUCGACUCAAGUUCCUGGGCUUUGCAAGGAGAAACUGGGGAAAUGGAAAGAGACCGAACUUGGAAACCUAUUAUGAGCGUGUCUUGAAACGAAAAACAUUUAACAAGGUUUUAGGACAUGUCAACAAUAUAUUAAUCUCUGCCGUGCUGCCAACAGCAUUCCGGGUGGCCAAGAAAAGGGCCCCAAAAGUUCUUGGCACCACCCUUGUGGUUGGUUUGCUUGCAGGAAUGGGAUAUUUCGCAUUUAUGCUCUUCAGAAGGAGACUUGGCAGUAUGAUAUUAGCUCUGAGACCCAGACCAAAUUAUUUCUAGGUUUGUUGGGCUCUGGGGGAGCAACUCAUCCAACCAUUCCACUAGCCCUUCAUCCACUCUUCCAGACCCAGUAGAAAGCAUACUUUACAUUACUCUUCAGUGAGUUCCUGUGGGGAAAGGAGCUCAUGGUGUGGUAAAGUCUUCCUUCCUCCCUUGCUUUCUUCCUUCCUUCCUUUUUUCUUUUAUGAGAUGAUCUAUUACUAUUCUAUCCAUAAAGCAAGCGUGUGAAAGGUCAAAAUAUGUAAAUGCUGACAGGUAAGGAGCAGACCUUUAACGGAAAUUGUCAGUUUGUGCUCUCAGUUAUUUUUUGAGUGGUUGUAAUUAAGAACAGACAAUAAUAAUAACCACUGAUGUUCAUAGUGCUUUACCUGAGAUUGGCCACUGUUCUGAGAAUUGAGCAGUUACAAGGUCCUCCCCUGGAACUCAAAAGUUGUCUUUGUUACACUAGACAGGAUUCAGACCCCAACAUAGUACUGUUUCACCUUCCACUACCAACUUCAAGCAUAAAUUAGGGAGAAAAUGGGAAAGGGAAGAAAGAAAAUGAGAGAAUGAAUUACAUUUAAGAUGGAACAGUAGACUGUGACUUCCAUUGGCCUCCAUUGCUGCUCAUGGCUGCCUGUCUCCUUGGUAAACUUCGUGUAUAACUUCUUGUGGCCAUGCCCACUCCUUAACUGAAGACUCUUAGGAGGAGAGGUCUGGGAAGUUAUUGGGGAUAGUAUAUUGGGGAGAACCCUACACAUUACAUACAACACCUUAAUCAUGAGCCACACAUCUUGAUUUGGUAAGAUUAAGUAAUUAUGCACUUGACGAUGGGAAGCUCAUUGAAGCAUAUAUGUCUAGCACAUACACGAAUAGCUAACAGGAUAGUAAGGUGGUCCUCAUGGUUCCCAUAACCUUGUGAGGUAUGGUUCUGUGGACCUUGGCCUCUAAAGCCCUCUUUAUAUAUUUAAGUAAUAUGUAGAUGAAUGUCUCAGGUAAAAAUCAUGGCUUAUCACUGGUAGUGAAUAAUUUAACGAGAGCCAAAUAUGCCCAUUUUUAUUUGGGAUACACAAAUUUUUGGUCAGACUUUGUGUUUUUUAAUGCUUAUUAACAAAGCCUUAAAAGGAGGAAAGUCUAGCAUUGGACGCUGACAGUUGAUUUGAGGGAGAUGAAGUAUACAGCUAGCGAUGCCCAUCCGUACCCAUCAUGUAUGUUCAAGUAUUCGGGGCGUAUCCCAUUCUGUUUGGAAGAAGCAGUUCUAGUGUGACCUAGGAGGAGCCAUGCUACUAUAUGGAAUGAUUAGUGCUCAGGAAAAGCCUCCCAUUGAAACAAGGAGGCAGUUUGUGUGGAGCUGACUGUCAAGGCCUUAGAAGCAGCUUUAGUAGUCUGACGGUGAGCUCAGAUUCCAGUGAGUAGUGAAAGCCUGUUUCGAUGGCCUCAGGUGGGCUAUGCAUACGGCCAAAGAAUGUACUGACUUUUUCACUAAUAGAAAAAUGUCAUGUCUAUUAAACAGUGACUUUCUGGUGGUAAAACAAUUCUGUAAUUCCAUUCUGAUUCUAUAAUUCAUUUUGUAAUCUAGAUGUACUAGAAAAAUAGAAAACCCUCAUAAACUGCUUGUGCCCUGUUUUUGACAGCACCUAUAACACUCCAGUGUGGAUUAAAAUAAGUGAUAAUGGAUAUGCUUGCAGCACAUUUUUCUGCUGUUUCUAUUUGCCCAUGUUGUUUUGAACUUGCUUGUUGUAGGACACUGACGUCAUUGUAUUUGUAAAAGAGCCGUAGAAUUAAUUGAGCAGUAAUUCAGAAUUUUUUAUGUCAUUCUGCAGAAAUAAAAAGUGAGGCACAAUGAAGGAACAAUGGAAAUUUUGUAAAAAACAAACAAAUCUGCAGAGGGAAUUUGCCUGUAAAUGGAUUGUUAAAGACUGGCUUUUCUUUUAGAACAUGUCAUUAUGGAAUCAGGAAAUCACUGGGACACCUUUAUAAUUUUCUUAUACAAUCUAUCUGGAGGCAGAUGUGUACCAAUGUUAAGGGUGAAGUAUCCUUCAGUAUUUUCUGGGUAGGUAUUCCUGGCUUAAUUGCUUUAAAAACACUUGUCUAGCGAUAGCAGCAUGGCCACUAGAUGUCACUGUUUACCCAGCAGUCUAAGAUUGUGUUCCAUUAGGCUCUGCAUGUCUUAGGUUUCAAGAGAAGAUAAACAUUAAUGACCUUAGUUUCUGAAGUGAGGGCAUCUUCAUCAAGAUUAUUCAUCUGUGAAAGAGCUUGAGGCAAAUGUGGUAUUGAUUUCUUAUGCUUUGUGAGUGAUGACAGCACUGUAUGAUGUCAAACUGAGGAGGUGCACAGCUGCUGUUAGCCAGAGAGGCACUUUAAUGCACCCUCCUUUUCCGGGUCUUUGGUAACUGGCCAUGUGCUUCUCAUGUGAAUGCCACACUUAGAAAGUGCCAGAGGCACUAACGAAUCAUCUAUUUCUGUCUUAACACACAUACAUACUAUUUUUAUUGUUACUGCCAUUAUAUGCCUUUCAAUUCUCAAACUUGUGAACUGCUUGCUCGUUUUAAUAAUUAUUGCUGUUGAUGUCAAAGUUGUAGAUGGUGUUGUUGACUGUCAUGGGAAAAUCAUGAUAUUAUUCUGUCUGUAAGAUCAAUAAAACAAUUUGAAAAUAAA